AUGAAUUUUGAUGCCUCGGACCUCCACUGGGAGAGACUUUACCAGGAAACCAUUACCAAGUCCGGCUCUCGUCCGGGAUGUGAUGUUUGUUACCGGCUGAGCUGGGUGCUCAGGUGUCCUCGCGGGACGUCAGUGCACCUGAAUCUCGGCGAGUUCACAACCGUCAUCCAGCCAUCCGCAUGUCCCGCCCAUGCUGCCCUCAUCCGCCGAGACCGUUGGCCUGGCAAGGCGCAAAUCCAGGAUGUCCAUGUCUGGAGGGGCCCGGAAGGCUCGAGCGCCCAGCUGGUCGGAAUCAGCCCCCACGGCGACCAGAUAGUCUCCGAAUACCGGCUGGAUCUACUCGAAGGCCGCGUGCAGGCCGCAGCAAGGAGCCCGGACCAUGCUCCCGGGAAGAAGUACAGCAUUGGCGACAAAGACUGGAUUGACUCGGCAUUGUUUCAGAGAUGGAUGAGGAGAUGUCAUCAAGAGCACGGUGAUAGGUGCAAUUUUAUUGACUCCAAACUACCUUCCACCAGCCCUCGCUGGCUCGUUGACACACAGCGCCGAUGUUUGGUCGAAGCCGAGCCGGGACAGCCUUACGUCGCGCUGAGCUACGUAUGGGGCGCUGCUAAUCAGUACAAGACGCUUCGGGAAGACCUCGAGCAGCUGCAACAGGAAGGCUACCUUGAUGAUGCCGGAGUUGCAAUCCCUCGGACCAUCCGAGAUGCAAUUGGGCUGGUGCCGCUGAUAGGCGGGAGAUACCUAUGGGUCGACUCGCUCUGCAUCCUGCAGGAAGACGGGGACGAGCUCUGGGACCAAAUCCACGGCAUGGCCUCCAUAUACGCAAAUGCCACGGUAACCAUCGUGGCGGCGCAGGGAGAAACUGCAGACUUUGGCCUGCGCGGAAUCAAGGGCGUCUCGAAACCACGCAGCCUUUCGGAUGAGGUGCACGCCCUCUGCGAUGGCACCCAGAUCUUGAGCUACGGAGACGGGUGGUUUUCCCAGCUCGUGCCGACAAAGUACGCCCAUCGCGCGUGGACCUUCCAGGAAUACCUCUUCUCCCGAAGAAAGAUCAUGUUCAAGGACGACUCGGUGUACUGGAAAUGCGAAGCGGCCACCUGGGAAGAAGACAUCGCGCAGAUCCACUACCCGAGACUCGAGCUCGGCUUGGGAUCGGCGUCGAGCAUGGGCACGAUGCUGCUGCCGCGCAAGCACAAGCUCCUGCAGCCAAUACCCAGCCUGGCCGACUACGCCCGGCUGGUGUACGCGUUCAACACGAAGGAGCUCACGUAUCCGGAAGACCUGCCCUACUCGUUCGCCGGCAUGGCGACGAUGCUGAGCCGCAGCUUCGCGGGCGGCAUCAUCUGCGGGCUGCCGGCCAUGUUCUUCGACGUGGCGCUGCUCUGGGGGUCGCACGAGGCGUGCAUGAAGCGGCGGGUGCCGCUGGCGGCGCAGGACGAGGCGGUCGACAUCCUGCCGAGCUGGAGCUGGAUGGGGUGGCAGGGGCGCAUCGACGCCGAGGCGUGGCGCAGCGGCAACGACUGCCUGCUGCAGGCGCUGGGCGAGAGCCAGACGCACACGGUGCCGACGGUCGUGUGGUUCGUGCGCGAGAGCGUCGAGACGGACCUGAUCAAGGUGGAGAGCACGUGGUGCAAGCACCGCACCGCCAUCGAGGAGUACGGCGCCAAAGACACGGUGCCGCCGGGCUGGACGCGCCACCGCAUCCCGCUGCGCGACCUCGUCCGCGGCGACUACGACCUGCUCAACCACCCGGACGGCCGCCCCUGGGCCUACCGCCACGCCUCGGCCCGCAAGCCCGACAUCGACGAGUUCGCCCUGCACGACAACUACGCCUACCCCGUCCCGCUGGCCGAUCAUCAGGGCGCCGCCGGCCCCGCCGCCGCCCCCGCCGCCGCCGCCGCCGAGGAGCUGCAGCUCGUCGCCCCCAAGAUCUUCACCCCGCUGCUGUCCGCCUGCACCGAGCGCACCUGGCUCUACCUCGGCCGCCGCGGGCCCGACCGCUCCGUCCAGGACGUCGAGACGCACGCCUGGCGCCGCAUCCCCGGCCCUUUUUCCGUCGUCGACGCCGACGGCGAGUGGGUCGGCAUCCUGCAGUCCAACUUCGAGGGCAUCUGCGACAUCGAGCCGCGGGGCCAGCGCAUCGAGCUGGUGGCGCUGUCGAGGGGCUGGUGCUGGGAGGACGUCGAAGACGACGACGAUGACGAUGACAACGGCGGCGGCGAUGGCGAAGGGGAUGAUGUCGUCGGCGGUGGGGGCAGCAGGAGCAGGAGCAACACGGGCAUGAGCAGGAGCAGCAGCCGGGCGCGGAUGCACGCCGCCAAGCGGAAGCCGAUCGAGGAGUGGGACUACGAGAAGCGGCCGAGGAGCGGCGAGGAAAAGUACGAGUGGUACAACGUGCUGUGGAUCGAGCGGCGGAAGGGGACGGCGUACCGGAAGAGCGUGGGGAGGGUGGAGCGGAGCGCGUGGGAGAGGCAGAGGAAGGACUCGACGUUUUUGAAGCUGGCAUGA